AUGGUAGGAUUGGAUGGAGAGGCGAGAAGUGCAGAUACAGAUUAUUCUCUAUCUGUUGAAGCUAUCACACUACCUGGUCCUGCUCCACCAUCAACUUCUACCCACACUACCUGGUCCCGCUCCACCAUCGACUUAUACCCACUUAUUCAUGUUCGCACCAAGGGGAUGAUCUAUGACGAAAAGGUCAUAUAUCAUGCCAACCACGCCAUCCCCAGCACUACCAAUGAGUGGGCACAAUGGCUGGGCACCUACCCAUUCCAAAAUGUCCAGCUAUUCAUGAACGAACUGCAGAAGAUCCAGGAAGUUGUCGUUCUCAAAGAUGGGAAGCACCUGACGGAACAUGACAUGGGGAAUGUUAGACGAAGUGCUGCAGUCUCCUGGGUAAUAGCAGGCCCAUCCAAUAAUUCUGCACUGGCUGGCAAAAGCCUAUCUGCAGGGUCUAUCAUUCUCAUCAUCAUCCAGGACCAAGACAUCAACUGGGACGUCUCCAUAGGAUAUCAUCGCGAAAAUGGCACCUCAUUCUCCAAGAAUGACCCCACCAAGGAGACCGCUUCCUUCAAUGCCCUGGUCAUCCACAAACACACUAGUCAAAUUUACGUCCCCCUGUUCUUGAUUGGCACACAGCCGGCUAUCUGGAAUUCAUACCUGUGA